AUGUCUGAUCCAGGCGAGACGGUCGUUUCGCCAACAAUGGCAGAUGCAAUGCACGGCGUUGCAACGCUGGAACCUGUUAGGGACUCGCCCCCUGGGAGGCAGUUUUACCGGUUGUUGCCUCAUGCCGAUGACUUGGUGAAGAUUUCCCACGAGCAACGACAGGGGACCCAUCUCUGUGCAGAAGAGGAGGAGCAGAACGGCCCAAUAGAGGAGGCGGAACUGGAACGAAUUCACAAAAUUGCCGACUGGAAGGUCGAUCCUCCGCCUCCCCUCGCCCCUAUCGAGGUUGACGCAGACGAUGUUGACCUUAUACGCAGGUACAUCCCACCUGCGGUCUUCAGACGGCUCAAGUCGGGUUGCAAUGUGUUCCUGAAUGAAUUAAGGACGGUGUCGGUGAUGUUCAUUUGUGUGCGGGGGCUGGACGUUUCGUCAUCCACUGGUAGCCAAGUGGCUCACAAGCUCAUGAAAAUGACCCAAAAAGCAGCAUAUACCAUGGAAGGGUCAGUGAACAAGUUCCUUGUGGACGACAAGGGGGUAUUGCUGCUCGUAAUGUUCGGGUUGCCGCCAGUGUAUCAUCUCGACGACCCUGUCCGCGCCAUCAUGGCAGGGUUGCGUGUGAUUGACGGCAUGAAGAUGUUUGGACUUGAUGCUGGAAUAGGCAUCACCAGCGGUCGAGUCUGGUGUGGGACCGUCGGAAACGACUUGCGAAAGGAGUACACGGCGUUAGGGGACUUCGUCAACCUCGCGGCCAGGCUUAUGGCGAAAGCGGGGCCCCGCGAAAUAUAUGUGGAUGCCAACACCCACCGUUCGGCGCAGCAUGCCAUGGAAUUCAAGCAACUGCCGAGCAUGAAGGUCAAGGGGAAGGAGCAUCCAAUCGAAGUGUUCAUGCCAACGGGAACGCUCAUUAACAAGGUGCAAACCGGCCCGGAAUUGGGUCCCCUGCUGUCUUGGCCGGGGUGGCCAUGCCGGAACCAGCUGCAGAGUAUUCUAGAGCCAUCUACGAUGUAUAAGAAACAGGGGAAGGCCGUUCGCCCCCCUUUGGACUACCCCGUGCCCUGUGGGCCUGUUUUCGCACACGAAUGGUAUGAGCCAUACAUGCCCCAGCUGCAACCUUUACUGGAAGUUGGCGGGGUGAUGGUCAUCAAGGGAAGGGAGGGCCUGGGGGCGAAGGAGCUGCAAGAUUACAUUCGUGAUUUUGGCUCGAAGAAGUCAAAUCGUCAGAUGUUUUGUAUCAGCAACAUGCCGGAUUCCCCCAACCUCAACAUCGGCAAUGUUCCUUUACUCGCAUGGAGAAAACUCUGCACAGAAAUGGUUGAACGUUGGCGUAGCAGUGACAAUCGAGAAAAAAAGGGUUAUUCGCGUAUUGACCGCGACAACUCAGUCUACGGCCUAACAAAGGAACUCAUACAUCCGUCGUUUCAUUGGCGGCUGGAAGAGAUGAAGCCUGUUGUACACGGUUUAAUCCUGCCGCAUGAGCUACCUGAAAAUCAGCGCCUAGCAAAGGAGCGACGAAGGUGCAUGAAACGACUCCGCAAGCAGGGAUAUGUCCCCAUGUCACCGACAAUGGCCCUUUUGCACAGGCCCGCUGAGUGGGUGGAAGAAGCAGGGCAUGACAGCGAAGCAUCUGAUAGUGAUGGCUCUACUCCACGGCAUCUGUACGGGCCCAGCGGCGAGUCAAUUGCCCCAAUAAUAGCAUCUCUCGUGAAUGGAUUUUCCCUGUUCGAGAGCUCCAUCGUGGUUUUGCACGUUCGCACGGGCACAAGCGUGUUUGCUGAGAUGGACAGUGACAGCUGGAGAGUAGCGCGCCUUGUAGCUCGGGUAUCGCUUGUCCGUCGCCAACACAGACUGGAUGAUGACAUGCGGAACCUGAAGGAGUGGCGAUGCAAGCACUCACGCAAAUGUUGGUGGUGCAAAGGGUAUCGCACAGCCACGGUGGUGGACAGCAGCGGGAAGGUUAACCCUGUGCAUUCCACCAGUCUGUGCAAGCCUCUUCCCUCGCAAUUCUACCAGCCGCUGGUUUUUGUUCUAAUAUGCAGUGACACAACCGACAAUGUCCCCGAACAGCAGCAGCUUGUACAAAUGGCAAAGGACAACAACGCAUACAUUGAGCUCCGCAAGCUUACUGAGGACGAGACUGCUAGCUUCUUGGCCCACUGCCUCCACAUUAACCGCAAGUACUUGUCUGCCGAGUUCGUGCAGUAUGUUCACCGUGUAUCAGCAGGGAUCCCCAAGUAUAUUUUCCUGACAGCGGAGCAACUGGUGCAGGACGGACACGUUGUACUGAAGGAGCGAAAACGAAAGACUCGUGGGGCUGAUGAACUCCUUAGAGAAAACACGCGUAACUUCGAACUGCGGUACAGGCAGCUGCUACUGCAGCGCAUGGGCAAGCAAUACCAGAACCUCCAACAAGAAUAUGAAACCCCAAGGGAGAAGAGAAUUUCCAAGCCUCAGGAUGUCGCUCAGGAUGGCAUGCAGGUCUCAUCGCCGUCCGACGAUUCCAGCGAUGAGGACGACACGGAGGUUCGUUAUGUGGAUGACGAAGUUAUUGUGGCUGUCAUUGGCCUUCUAAAGACUCUCAAUAAGCAGCGUAUUGAUUUAGGCUUGGAUCCAGACGAGGUCUUUAUCCCUCCUUUGUCUCCCCAUGGAGAACAAGAGGACUGGAGAGCACAGGCUCAGUACGACGUGUUGUCGCCUUCCUGUAUGCCGCCAGAUGCAGCGGCUCUGGAGCUCAUGCCUCCCCCCGCUUCUUCUCUUCUGAGCGCUGUAUCUUUCUCGCUUGAAGGAGAAGCCAAUGGGGAGCCAGUGCGCUCUCCAUUCUACUUGGCUGAGUGUUUCCGGCGGCGACUGUUGGACUGGGGACCCAAGGAGCCAGCUAAGGCGAAUGAACAGGACAGGUUCGAUUCUAGGGACUCAGCGACUACCAACGAUGACCAGCAGCACCCGAGACGCCUCCCCUCACGACGGAGGGGACGAAAGGCCAAUGGUUUGGGGGGAGCAUCUACGCACUGCCGCGUAGGAUGGCAGGAGCAGCUGGCGCAGGAGGACAGUCGGAGGAUCCGUCGGGGCAAGUUAACGGAUGCCGAGUUCGCUCUUCUGUGUUUUAGACCCUCGUGGAUGCCGUUGGAGUUUGAAGACCUCGCGGCAUUACGCCGAAGCCGGCGCAGACGGGUGGCGCAAGCGAAAAACCUGGAGUGGGACAGUGAUGCUGAUGAGCCCAUUGUGAAGCAGGGUGGUACAGAUGACGACGGUGGUUGGGGAAUCAAGCGUUACAGUGAAGCGCGCGUUGUGUCGGACUUGAACUCUCUACCUUUCGUUCCCCAACUCGUUGCAGACUGCAUGUUCACAGUUGAACGGCUUCUGCCGGAAGAGCAGAUGAUGGCCAAAGUGGCUUCUGUGUUUCCUAUAGCUUUCAGACCAACUGAACUCCGAAUGGCGUACCCCCGCCGCAUGUUGUCGAAAGACUUCUACAGCCUUGUCCAUCAGCUCAUAGUUAAGGAUGUGCUGGAGGUUUGUGACCCUCCAUCCCAAGAAGAACAAGAAGCCCUCAGUCAUUUCGUUGGGGCCCCUGCACCUAAGACGGUUGCACAAAGCACGGCCACCACAGUGACCAUCACGCCACCAGACGGAGCAGGCGGGUCAGCCCACGGCAAGUCUGCAUCUUUGCUGGAUGUACCAGGCGGCGGGGCUGGAGCACAAGUAGUGCACAGUACCACUAUAGAGGACACCCCUUUUCCAGGGCUUGGCCCGGGACAUGAACGCCGCCCCAGCGUUAUGAAGGCAGGUGGCAUUGUGACGCCAGCGAAGGUUGCGGCUGCCGGAAGUGAGAAGGGUUCCCAAGGCCAAGACAAGUCAGCGUCUGAUUUUGUGACGGAGCAGCAGCAGAACUGUUUUGAGGCUGACGUCGCUGUAGGCAGUGCAACAGGCGAAGCCUGGAGCAGCGUUCUUACAACUCCAGAAGGAAAGGAGGUUCACAUCCGUUUUACAAGUAUAGCGCUGCAGAGGGUUGUCUCAGAUUUGCUGCUCUCAGACGAACGCAGCUGGCUUACCCUCGUUUGCCGUCGGGCGCUGGCCCAGAGGUUCUCUACUACAACUGAAUCAAAAGGCAAACAAAAGAUGGCCAGGAGCAAUACCUCAGGGGCCACCGUUGGAAAUGAGCCUUCUGUUCACGAAGGGCCUGAUUCUGUGGACGUAAUUCCUGAGUCCCUCUUACAGGGUGUGUUGGAGGCAGAGAGAGAGCAGCAGACACGAACAGGCGGACAUAACUUGAAACUGCCAGUCAUGUACCAAUCAGACGAUAAACGGAAAGAAUCAGAGUCAGCAACCACUCCACCAGCAACCUGUGUCGAAGCGGGGCAAAGCGCCAAACUCGCAGACGGAGGGGCGCAUGACUCAAAAGAAGUUGAAAGGGCACCUAUUUAG